UAGCUUGGCGGCCUUCAUCCAGUCUUUCCUCCAUUCCAAGGCAGCCCACUGGCUAACGCGCUUCAGCCCAGCGUCAUCUAAGCGCAAAAUAAUUUAAAGCCAUGGCAAGGCCUAGAGUUUUCUUCGAUAUCACCGCCAACGGCUGUGCAGUUGGAAGAGUGAUUAUGGAGCUGAGAGCUGAUGUUGUCCCCAAAACUGCAGAGAACUUCAGGCAGUUGUGCACAGGUCAGCCUGGCUUUGGCUACAAAGGAUCCACCUUCCAUCGUGUCAUCCCCGGCUUCAUGUGCCAGGGAGGUGACUUCACGAAACACGAUGGAACUGGUGGCAAGUCAAUUUAUGGCAACAAGUUUGAGGAUGAGAACUUUACCCUGAAACACACUGGCUCUGGCUGCCUGUCCAUGGCCAAUGCUGGCCCCAACACCAACGGUUCCCAGUUCUUCAUCUGCACAGAUCGUACUUCAUGGCUGGAUGGCAAGCAUGUUGUUUUCGGACAGGUUGUGGAGGGCCUGGACGUCGUCACGAAAGUGGAGAGCUAUGGUUCUAACAGUGGAAAGCCCAGUGCCAAGAUUACCAUUGCUAACUGUGGCCAGUUGUAAACCCCUCUUCCACUAACAUUCACCCAAACCCUAGUCUAGUACCCCUCAGUGCCCCCUUUCUUAAAUCCUGCCGCUAACCGCAACAUUCCCAUCCAAGCUCCCUCCCUCCUCCACCACCACCACCUCCUUCAGUUGUCCAUCUUUGUCUGAUGAGUUGCCUUUGCUGUUUUGUUUUCAUUUGCAGAUGAAGUCUUGUAGGCCUUUAAUUUGUAUCAAAGUCUGAAAAUAAAGGGGAACAAUGACAUUAAACGUAA